AAAAGAGGCACAUAAAGCGCUAGUGUUCCCAUUCAAGCUCACCCCCCAGUUUGAGUAACUACCCCCACCUUAAUAAUUUUUUUUUGCUGCUCAUUUAUAUAUGUAUAACAGUGUGGUAUAAAACAGUGUAUACUUGUGUUUAUUUAAAUGAUAUUUAAAUGUGUAUGUGUGCUCCCCUAGCUAGUGCAAAUCUCGGCGGAUGCAUGUUUUCUUGAGGGAUUCUUGUAAUACACCACGAAAUAUAUAAAAAAAAAAAAAUCGACGCGGACAAUAAAACAAAGUUUUUUAAUAAAUAAAUUGUGAAUUUAUUAAUUGUGAUUAUUACAAUUAUAUUACAUUGAAAAAAAAAAAAAAAAAAUAUUUGUGAAUUGUUAAUUGGAAAAUAAUUAAUAAUAAUCAUGGAAAGUGGUAGUGAUUUGCCGACUGCGGCAAAUUAUCCUGAUGGUGAUCGUCAACAAUUUUGUGUAUCAUGGAAUUCACAUCAAUCAAAUAUGCACAAUGCAUUUCCAAAAUUAUUGAGUUCUGAGCAAUUUGUUGAUGUAACAUUGGCAUGUGAUGGUGGCUCAAUAAAAUGUCAUAAAGUUGUAUUAUCAGCAUGCAGUGAUUAUUUGGAAAGAUUAUUACUUGAAAUACCAUGUACUCAUCCAAUAAUAUUUUUACGUGAUAUGCGUAUGUGGGAAUUACAGGCGCUUGUUGAAUUUAUGUAUCGUGGUGAAGUUUAUGUAGAACAACAACAACUAGCUAAACUUAUGCAAGCAGCUGAAGCACUUCAGGUACGUGGAUUAUCAAGUCAGCAGGGACAUGGUAAUGCACCAAGUGAAAGUGAAACAGCACAAAGCUCAACAGCAACCUCAUCAACACCAUCAAGUCCAUCAAAAAGUCAAACAAUGGAUAAUAAACUUGAUGAUACAACUAACAACGAAAUGAUAACAUCAUCAUCACCACCACCAUCACCAUUACCACCAUCAUCUUCUUCAUCAUCAUCAUCUUCACAUCAACCAUCACAACAACAACAACAACAACAACCACAACAACAACAACAACAGCAACAACAACCACAAAUACCAACAACAAAUUUUCUUGAUAGUUCAACAACAAUAACACCAACGAUAAUUAAUAAUAAUCAUACAACAAUAACACCAUCAACAAAUAAUUUACCUGAAACUCCAUCAUCAGCAAAUACCUCAGAUUUUGUUAAUAUUGAACAUAUUGAACAUAAUGAAGCACUACAACAUCUUGAAAAAGCACUUAAUUCAUGUGAAGCUACAAUGACUGAGGCACCAGGUAUGGUUAAAAUGGAACCAGAUGAUACUUUUAUACCACAGGACAAGCCUUAUUCAAUAAGUAUGGUACCAACGAAUAAUUCAAGCAAUUGUAGUACUCCAAACAGUCCAUUACUCUCAAUUGAAGGAUAUCAAAGACGACAACGACGUUCAGAGGCUGAACUUAAACAAGCAUCUGAUAUGGUUGUACGUGGCACGACGUUUCAAGUUGCUUCUGAAAAAUACAACAUUCCAAUAAGCACAAUACGUUUUUACAUGGAUCGAAAGGGUAUCUUAAAAAGGCGAAAACGUGGACGUGGAUCGGCAAAUAUAGGUGCGUCGAUGAGUCAACCGAGUAGCUCGGGAAGUCCACCAUAUCAUAUGAUGAAUUAUCGUAUGAAUGAGAGUUUAAACUCUAGUUUACAGUAGUAGGUUACAUCGUCCCCUGUCGCUGACAAAAUUUCAUACAAAUGAACAACAAAAAAACAAAAAAAAAAACAACAACAAAAAGAAAACAAAAAUAUAUUUAAUAAAUAAAUCACGUAGUAGAAAAAAAAAAAAAAAAAAAACAAAACAAAAUGAUGGAAAAAAAUAGAAAUUAUACUAUUUUCGAUUGAUUAUUUAAUUUUUUUUUUUUCUAAUUACGUAGCUUCAUGAUACCAAGUUGCUAAAUUUAUUUAUUGAUUUUUAUUUUAUUUUUCUGUAUUUUUGUUUGUUUGUCAUUCGAAAAAAAAUUUGACGGUUAUCAUGAAAAAGAAAACAAAAAAAAAAAAAUAUUAUACAAAUAAGAUUUUCAUUUAAAAAUGAAGUAAAAAAAGAAAAGUAUAUUAAAAUAGUAAAACGUAAUACUAUAUAAAUAUUGUAUAAAUAAUGUUUGAACGCAUAAUCCGGUUUUAUUAAAAACGGUGCAUGAAUGUGUCUAUGUGCGUGUUAAUUGUGUGAAUUAACGAAUGAAUGAUUGUAGUUAAUUAUUAUUUUGUUUCUUUUUUUAUUUUUAUUAUAAUUUUUUUUUUUUUUUUUUUUUUGGAGGGUCCUCUUGCAUUUUCCACGUUUCAUAAAAUUAUUAUCAUUUGAUUUUGUGUUUCGUUUUAAAUGGAAAAUAAACAAAGACCCAUUUAAACUUAAAUUUUUUAUCAUUUAUAAUAUAUUUUCGAAUAUAUUUUUUUUACUUUUAUUAUUGUUUAUAACUGAUUUUUUCAUUUUUUUUUUUUUAAAUAAAAAACACACUUUUGUACUCAUGCCCUUUGAGAUUUUUUUUAUAUUAAAUAAAAAACAUGUAUAGAAAAAGACAAACACAAAAAAAAAAAUAAAAUAAAAAUACUUAGGACCUGAUGAGAUAAUAAUGAAAAUGAAAAAAAUUUUAGAUUAAGAUUGUUUUUUUUUUUCUUUUUUUUAUUUAAAUAUAAAAAUAUAUAUAUAUAUUUUGAAUCGGGUGGACCCUCCUGGUGACACGAUAAUGAAAGUCGACAUUUUUAGUCACACACUUAAUAAUAUUCAUCGCGAAUACUCUGAUGAUAAAUCAUGACUUAGAGUUAAAGGCUUUUUUUUUUAGAAAAUAAAAAUAAACAAAAAAAGUUAAACAAAAUAGUAAAUAAAAAAAUAAUGAAAGUGAGAAAAUGAUAAGUAAUGUGUAUUGAAUAAAAAAAAUAAUAAUAAAGCAACUCGUGCGGUGUUGAUGAUUUUGUCAAAUAAAAUGUUCAAAAGAGGCCAUAUUUUUUCAUGCAAUAAUCAAAUUUGUAUAGACAAAAACAAAAAAAAAAAAAUUAAUUACCAAGACUACACUCAUGAAACUUAGAUACAAAAAAACCUGAACAAAAAUAA